AUGAAUUCAGAUGUAAAAGAAAGAAAAACAAUUUUUUUUUAGGCUAAAUCCGUAGUUCGAGAUAAAAAGGAGAAAAUUAAGUUGGAAAAGAAAGAUAUAAUGUAAAGAGUUGAUAAUUUAUUUGGGUAGGUAAGUUAUAUAUAUUAUUAAAAUAUAAGAUAGAACAAAACCGAACAAAAGAGUAAGAAAUUGAUAAAGUGUUUCCAAUAAUUGAUAACAUUUAGAGAAGAUAAUUUUAGUAUUCAAAAUAUAGAACAGAAGUAUUAAGUAAUUCAUGUAAUAAAGAUAAUUUGGUUUUAACAAAAGUGUUGAGUUCAAUGCCUCUUUAUAAAUAAGAAAAGAUAUAUGAAAUGAAAAAAUAAGGAUUAAAAGAGUAUUUAGAAAAAUAAUUCAAUAAUACCAAAAAUUUAAGACCUUAAUAGUUGAUAAAAAAAAAAGAUUCUCAAAUAGAUGAAUAAUCUAAAAUAAUAAAUGAAUAUAAAUAAUUAGAUACGUCUUUAAUUUAAAGUGAUUCAGAAAUUUAAAUAAAAGGUGGAUUAAGAAUGAGAAGUCCAGAUGAAACAAUAACAUUUUUGAAAAAUCAUUUUGGAGUAAUAGUUCGAUCACCUUAAAAAUCUAAAUUAAAAAGUCGGAGAGAAUUAGAGUAAGAAGAAAAUUAAAUGGAGAGAGAUAGAAGAAAAAUCUAUGAUGUUAAGGAUAAAUUAGAAGUAUAUUAUACAACAUUGGAAGGAAGUAAUAAUUAGAAUAAAAGAAGAUUAGAAGAUCAAUAGCAAUUAUUAAAUAUAUCACAAAUUUUAGAUUAUUCAAAAUCAAGUGAUGUUACACCUAUGAAUGAUAAAGAAGGAAGGAACAGUAUUUUUAAUCGAAAUUAAUAUUAUGUUGAUCAUUAUAAUAAUAUAAAGUUAGGAAAUAGUAAUACAAAAGAUAUAAAAAUGAGAAGUACAUUUUAUAAGAGUCACAUAGCUAAUGAAUUUAAUGAAUGAUUAUAAGAUAUUCAAUUUUAUUUCUCUUUAAGUCAAAAUUGGUAUAAAAUAAUAAUUAUUAUUAUAUGAAAAGUCAAUAAUUUUCGAGCACUUAAGAUUUGCGAGCAACUUUAACAACUCUCAAAAGAUAGACUUUUUUUUAUGUAGGAGAUGGUAACAAUGGAGAUUUAGUGAGAUAAAUUCUAUCCAAAAGACCUAAUUUUUAAGAAUAGAGAACUCCUUUCAAGUAAUAUAUAUAUCAUAUUAGCGCUCAUUUAAUAUGGAAACAAAGCAAUAAAUAUUUUAAUUAUUUUUAAUUGGGAUAAUUAAAGAGUAAAAAAGUUACCAUCAAUCAUUUAGAACAUCAUUAUGUGAUAACAAAUAAGAAUAACUUAUUUCAUACUCUAGAAAAUUAUUGCAAUGUAAAUUAGAAUUUGAUUCAGUGUAGAAAACCAAGUUAAAUAUAGAUUAUUUAGUUCCUAAGACAUUUAUUAUAAAUUUAGACUCAGGACAUGUUUAAACAGACUUAAUGAAAUUUUUAGAAUAUUUUACUUAAUGCAGUAAAUAAUCAUUAAACAUUUGGUUAAUGAAACCACCGGAUUUAAAUAGAGGAAAUGGAAUUAAAUUAUUUAAUGAUUUGGAUUAAUUUGUUGAAUUAAUGGAAAAUCUUAAUAAAAAGAUUCAGACUUCAGUUAAAUAAUAAAAGUCCAUUUCAUUAACUCUAGAUAAUAAAAGAAAAAUUAAAUUAACAAUUGAUGAUUAAGAUAAACAAAUAGUACUUUAAAAAUAUCUUGAAACUCCAUUAUUAUACAACUAACGUAAAUUUGAUAUCAGAGUUUGGGUUUUAAUUGAUCAUAAAUUAAAUUAUUAUUUCUUUCGUGAGGGUUAUUUUAGAUUGGCAACAGAAAGAUUUGAUAUAAGUAAUAUUCGUAAUCUCUAUAUUCAUUUAACAAAUAAUGCGAUAUAAAAACAUCAUCCAUAUUAUGGAAAAUACGAAAUUGGUAAUUAAAUUAGUUUUAGUGAAAUGUAACGUUAUUUAAAAUUUUAAAAACCUUAAUUAAAUACAAUAAUUUAAGAAAUGAAAAAAAUAGUUAAAUUAACUAUAGAAUCAGGAUAUCAUAAAUUAAAUGAAUGCAGAAAGAAUUUUUAGUUUGAAAUUCUUGGUUAUGAUUUUAUGAUUGAUAGAGAUGGACAUGUUUGGUUAAUAGAAGUUAAUACAAAUCCAUGUAUUGAAGAGAGUAGUCCUCUGUUAAAAUAAUUGAUACCAAGAAUGCUUAGUAAUUAAAUGAUCUAAAGUAGAUGAUGCAUUUAAGUUAACAAUAGAUUAAAUAUAUGAUACUGAUUAAUAAACAUAGACAUACCCAGUGAAUGGAUAUAAAUGUGAGGAGAAUUUGUGGGAUAAAUUAGGAAUAAUUUAAUGA